AUGGACCCCGCACAUGUCUUCCGCCAGGGCCUGGGAUCAGUCGCACCUCGGCAAUGUGACCCCACGUUGCCACGCUGCCUCCCUUGUGAGCGAUCCGGGUCGACAUGCGAAUACCUUGAUACAGCCAAAGGCCGGAAAAUCAACCGUUUCUAUGUCAUCAAGCUGCAAGACAAGGUCAGGGCGCUCGAGGCCGAAUUAGAUCAGUAUGUCGACGAUGAGGCCGACUACCCGCAUAGCAGCGAAGAUAUGGUUCGACCAGGAGGAAUGGUGAGACUUGGCUCCGGAGACGAGACUCCUCGCUAUCUUGGUCCAAGUAGCGGCAUAGCCAUGACACGCCUUCUUAUGGAAGAGGCGAAACGCUUCACAGAGUCGAAUCGUAUUUCCGAGCUAAUUCCCGAGCUCAAAAAGCGAAGAGAGGCUCGCAUGCAAUCUAUUCAGAUGACGGGGCCAGUUGGACGCCAGAGAAGCUUCCCCAAGACAAGCCAGGUACCCGCCGAGAACCUCCCAGGGCGGCCCAUCGCAAAUAGAUUAGUUGAAAUUUUCAACCAGAAAUCGCAAAUCUUUUGGCCCGUGGUCCAUGAACCAACGUUCCAGAAAGAUCUUGAUGCCGUAUACAACGGAGACACUGAUGUGUAUAAGUGGUUCGUUGUACGCAUCGUACUUGCCAUCAGUCUCCAGAAGCUUGGAGACCAGUACGCCGGCCUGGCCGACAGCUAUUACCUUGCCGCAAUGCAAGAUUUUGAAACCGUGCUUCGGCCCAAGGAUCUCAAAACACUGCAAUGCCUGGUUCUGAUUGGGCUGUAUUCCAUCCUCACUCCUACUCGAGUCCCUGUCUACUUUGUCAUUGGCCUUGCAGCCAAAAUCUGUCAGCAGGAGGGGUUGGUGUCUGAAAAGACGAUAGCAGCAGGUGACAAGCCUAACCCUCUAACUAUCGAUAUGCGGCGACGCCUCGUAUGGGUCGUGGCUAGCAUGGAGUUUGGUCUCGCUCAUAGCCUCGGGAGGCCUAAUAGUUUCGCAACAGCCGACGAACAAUUGGAUGUCGGGUUCUUCUCCACUGUCGAGGAUGAUUAUAUUACUGAGAAUGGCAUCGACGCGAAUGCCCCGACCAGCGAUCGAAAACUUGUUGCAAUUCACUUUUAUCGAAUGAGAAUCCUUCAAGCGGAGAUUCGUAGAACGUUAUAUGAAAGGAAACGGCCAGAACCCAAGGAUGAUACGAGCCAUUGGUUUCAGCAGAUGGAACAAAAAAUCACUGACUGGCUAGACUCGGCGCCAGGGAACCCAGAGUGGUGUAGAAAGUGGUUUGCUGGCCGUUGUCACCAGAUGAGGAUCUCAAUGUACAGGCCGUCGCCACAAAUAUCCAAGCCGUCGGCAAAGGCAGCGUUGAUUUGUUACGAGAGCACCAAAAUCAUCAUUGACCUUUCAAGACAGCAGGUUGAAGCCAAUGUCGUGGACAUAACUUGGGUUUUCAUCUUGGUUCUGAACAUGGCUCUAAAUACUCUUCUAUGGACCACGUCAUACGAGGAGGUCCGACAAGACCAUCCCCGUGAAGAGGUGGAAGAGCUUGUCAAUGGUUCACUCGACGUCCUGGACAGAUGCGCAGAGCGUUGGCCCGGAACUGGAUCGUCUUCCCAACUCUACGCCGUAUUCUCAAAGGCUUGUUUGCAAAGUUAUGAGUCCAAAGGAUACCAACAGCGCACCUUGGCAACACCACCUGCAGCGACGUCCGAGGCAUCCCGAUCACCAGAUUACCAGUACCAGAUGCACGAGAAUACUCCACAACAACCGAUGUACGCAAAUCCUCCACAGUUCGGCCAGGUAUUCGAUUCACCUCCGGAAACUAUUGAUAGAUAUGACCCCAGUUUCCGCCCACCACACCCAACUUUCCGCUCAAACUCUAUUUUCCAGAACCCAGGAACUCAUGACACCCAUGGGCGGAGGUUCUCCUACUUCCCUCCCGACUUCAUGCAGAGCGACGAUUUGGCCGCCCCUGACGAAGAAACACCACCAAACACAACCCCAACCCCAAAUUUCACCACAUCUCCUCCGAGCCAAGCAUCACCAUCGCGACAGUUGCCUACACCCCCGGAAUCGUUGGGGAAUAUGUCAAUGGCCACUCCUACCAUGUCAACACCCGCAAUGCUUCCCAUACAGGCUCAGACCCCGAACUCUAUGGGCAUGUCUGCUUUUGGAACACCAACCCCUGAACUGAAUUCAAGGCCGCAGACCUCACCGUUGCCGCCGUAUGGGAUGACGCCUGUUCAACAGCACACGCCGGUCCAGCGACCCCUUCCUCAGGAACUACCUUCGUCCAGCGAGUGGUUCACCCCUCCCGCUUCAUUCAUGAAUCCGUACAGCUUCGGAACCAUGGGGGGCGGUUUUUACGGAAGCGGCCUACCUGCUUCUGGCCAGUAUCAGGAGUUCUCGGGAGCUGGAUUAGGGUUACAGGCUAUGAAUUUCGGUGCUGACGGCUCCCAAUUUUCCCCGGUGGCAGUUCGCCAAGACAGUCUAACCCAGUCCCAGCAGCUUGAACUGAUGAACGUGCUGGAGACGGAAGGCGUCCGCGAUAUCGAUACCUUUUUAACUUCGGGUACUAUGGUUGCUACGAAAUGGUAUUGA